AGACGCGUUUCCUUUCAUGCGCAAAAAUUCUCUUCAAUACAAUAUAGAAUAAAUCACACAACGCUCUUUCUGGACAACAUUUUGGAUUUUUGUUCUUGUCAUAAAGAUUCUUUGUCUGGACAUCGGAUUUGCAGUGUCUGCGACUGAGUUAAUAUUCCAUUUCCCUUCGAUUGUUCCUAUGUUACUCUGUCUGUCAGGACCCUUCAACCAAAGUAGGAAUGGAAAAAGUCAGAAAGACAUUAGCUUUCAGUUUUUAGUUUGUAUCAGAAUUUGUUCUAAGAAUGUCUCGUGGAGCUCUACAAGUGAAUUCCCCACCACCUCCUAACCUUCAGAUGCAGAGCUCCUCGUCGUCAUGGCAUUGUUCGUCUCUGUUCUUUUUCCUUGGAGGGGUAGUUCUUCUCAUAAUACUGCUGAUACUUAUUGUAGUCAUAUGGAAAUAUAAACCAGCAGAGGUGAUGAAGUUUCUAAGAAGAAACAAAAGCCAAAAAGCUUCUGCUGAUUUCUGGAGUGGGAACCUCCGAACAAUAAGCUAUUAUGAUUUCCAAACAUUGAAGAAGGCCACUAAGAAUUUUCAUCCUAGUAAUCUUCUCGGAAGAGGUGGAUUUGGACCUGUCUAUAGGGUACUGGGAAAGUUAGCUGAUGGCAGACUGGUUGCUGUGAAAAUGUUGUCUCUUGAAAAAUCUCACCAAGGGGAGUCAGAAUUUCUUUCAGAAGUGAGGAUGAUCACAAGCAUCCAACACAAGAACAUGGUGCGACUUCUUGGGUGUUGUUCGGAUGGUUCCCAACGGCUACUGGUGUAUGAAUACAUGAAGAACAGAAGCUUGGAUAACAUAGUAUAUGGAAACAGUGAUCAAUUCUUGGAUUGGAACACAAGGUUCCAAAUAAUUUUAGGGAUUGCUCGAGGAUUACAAUAUCUACAUGAGGAUUCACACCUACGAAUUGUUCACAGAGAUAUCAAAGCGAGCAAUAUUCUUCUUGAUGAUAAAUUCCAACCCAAGAUUGGAGAUUUCGGGCUCGCUAGGUUUUUCCCAGAAGAUCAAGCUUAUCUGAGCACUACAUUUGCUGGAACUCUAGGUUAUACAGCUCCUGAGUAUGCCAUUAGAGGAGAAUUAUCUGAAAAGGCAGACAUCUAUAGUUUUGGAGUGCUUGUGCUUGAAAUUAUCAGCUGCAGGAGAAACACAGAUCUAACUCUCCCAUCAGAAAAGCAAUACCUUCCUGAAUAUGCAUGGAAAUUAUAUGAGAGGUCUAGUACAAUCGAGUUAGUUGAUCCCAGAAUGCGAGAACGUGGUCUCGCAGAGAAAGAUGUCUUGCAAGCAAUCCAUGUAGCUUUAUUUUGUCUUCAGUCUCGUGCUAAACUGAGGCCACCCAUGUCAGAAAUCGUUGCCAUGUUAACAUGUAAAGUUGAAAUGGGGGCAACUCCUGUAAAACCAGCAUUCUUGGAUAGAAGGCCUAAAAAAGAACAUAACCUUUCUUGGGAUACCAUAUCAGAGGUUUUCCCUUCUCCUCUCCCAAGUGAUUCUUCUUCAUUACCUCAAGGGCCCAAUUGAGGUCAUGAUCCAUGAUUACACAUCUCCUUUCAUGGAAAAAUGAGAAUAGAAUUCUGUAAAAGUAGCAUCAAACUUUUUUGGGAAAAUUACUUGGAACCUCACAUGGGUUUUGUCUUAGAAAACUCUUUUAGCUCUGACAUUUUUAAAUGGGGUAAUUAUUUUUGGCCCCCGGAGGUUUGCCAUAUUACACUAGUGAGGACAUUACUUUUAAAAAUUACCCUAAAUCAUUCCUAGA